CAAAUCCCGGAAGCUUCAAGUGCCAACGCGUAUCUUUUGGUUUGUGAAAAGUGUCAGGAUGGCAGCUCCCGGACCUGUUCUCUGCCUCUUCGAUAUCGACGGCACCCUCACCGCUCCGCGACAGUUUUCUCAGCUGUGAUUUGAAGACAUUAGAAAGAGGACUUCUAAGAAAAUCACCAAAGAAAUGGAUGCCUUUUUACAAAAAUUGAGGCAGAAGUUAAAAAUUGGAGUAGUAGGAGGCUCAGACUUUGAGAAGGUGCGGGAGCAGCUGGGAGAUGAUGUGCUUGAAAAAUAUGAUUACGUCUUUCCAGAAAAUGGUUUGGUAGCAUACAAAGAUGGCAAAUUUCUGUGUAAGCAGAAUAUUCAGGGUCAUCUGGGUGAAGAACUAAUCCAAGAUUUAAUCAACUAUUGUCUGAGUUACAUUGCCAAGAUUAAGCUGCCAAAGAAAAGGGGCACUUUCAUUGAGUUCCGAAAUGGGAUGUUAAAUGUGUCUCCUAUCGGAAGAAGCUGCAGCCAGGAAGAACGACUUGAAUUUUAUGAACUAGAUAAAAAAGAAAAUAUAAGACAGAAAUUUGUGACUGAUCUGCAGAAAACUUUUGAAGGAAAGGGCCUUACAUUUUCUAUAGGAGGCCAAAUAAGCCUGGAUGUAUUUCCUAAUGGAUGGGAUAAGAGGUACUGUCUGAAACUUGUUGAAAAUGAUAGCUAUAAGACAAUCUAUUUCUUUGGAGACAAAACCAUGCCAGGUGGAAAUGACUAUGAAAUCUACACAGAUUCCCGAACAGUAGGAUAUGCAGUGACCAGCCCAAAGGACACACAACGAAUCUGUGAGGAGCUUUUCUUAUAACCUUUCAUUUCCUGGCCUUAAGACUGAAUGGGAAAAAGUCAUCUCGAAACUAUGGAGAAGGUUAACAAGCCUUGGAACACUGCUACAUCACCAUUUCAAACUUGAGAAAUCCUCCCUUGCCCAUCACCAAUUCAGACAUUCAAUGGAGCUUUGCCACAUGUGUUGAAAAAAAUAUUUUCCCAUUUUCUAGGGCAAAACUAAGGUGUAUAAUUGUAGUAUAUGUUUGUCCCUUUGGAGAAGUUCUCAUACUGGAACAAGAAAGGUGACAUACAAACUGACCAAACCCAGGGGUCCUGUGACAGAUGGGUUUUACCCCUUCCCAAAUUUAAAGUUGUGCAAAUACAGGUGGACCCCCCACCACAGCAAAAUAGGACAGGAAACUGUUUACUAAUGAUUCCUAUGUGAAAAAUUAUGCAGUUCAAAAUUUAAACCCACAAACCUAAAUGAAAACUGCUCCUACUGACUUUAGGAUUUAAUGAAGGCUCCUUGUUUUCCCAAAACUCUAUCGUGAGGUUGACUUACAUGUGUUCAAGGCUUUAUUCAAGUUGAAUGACUGUGUCCUCUUCUUAACCUCCAUUCAUUUUUGUGAAGCUAAUCUUGUAUGACCAGCCAGAUAAAUGGACAGAUGACAGCCAGUAGAAAAACCUGUAUCUCUGUCCAGCAUUGUUGGAAAUUCUUACUCCUAUCUGAAUAGUGCAGCUAAUCCACCUGCUGUAUAACCAUCGCAUCUGUCCCUCACUGCCUUUGAUGGAAGAAAAUGGAAAACAUUUAGCUAAGAAGUGGUUGCUGAGGCUAGAGAAGCCUUCUUCCAGCACCCUACCCUGAUGGGAGCUUUGCUUUACAGAAGCCAAGCUGGGCUCUUGAACAUCCUAAAACAAAACGGUUCUAGACCUCUCUCCAAACUUUCAGGAAACAAGUUAUUCUUGUUUAGGUUGGCUAAGAAAUGCUCUAUGCUACCUCCUACUUACUUUAAAGGUAAAGUUAAGAAAAAAAAUCCUAAUCCGUUAAACAAUGUGAAGUUUUUCAUCCCCUCUUCCAUUAUUUAUUAGGGGAAAAUGCCAUCUACUCUUGAUAAACCUCUAACAGAACUGACUGCUUUGGAAGGGGUAAUAACACCUUUGGUUUCACUUCUCUUAAUUGCUUUAAAACUUCCUUAUUUGAAUUUUUGAUGAAAAAUGGUACAAAAGCAAAAACCCUUUUGCCCAUAUCGUAAUGUGCUCCUGGAGAGUAAAAAUUUUUAAGGAAGAAAAUGAAAUGGUUAAAAAUGUCUUUUUUUAUUUAAAUCUUUUAAAAAGAAAACUCAGGCACUCCCUCUUUGCUGCUACUGAAAGAAUCAAAGGCUAGGUGGCCAUACCAGCAGCACCAGCAUCUGAAACUGGGUCUCUACUGCCAAGAUUUUGUAUCAAUCAGCUAGACUUCCCAUUGACUAGCUUUCUCUCCAGCCAGCAUCAGUCAAACCCAAUGUGGAUCUGGCCCAUAGCAUGCAAGCAAGCACAAAGAGAGGGAAGAAUAACCCUUCUACCACAGUAGACUAAUGCUGUUCCUUGCUACCUUAUACCUAGGCACUGGGCUGGGGAAAAGUUUGGAGGUGGGGAGAAAGCAGAGGGACUGAUGUUGACUCAUGAAUGUUCUCUGCUGCCCCCACCCAAAGUGUUGCACAUGGUAUUUCUGAUUAGUAAAACUCAAAAACUAUGACCAGCUAAAAGCUUGGUUUUUUAAACAUUGCAAAUGGUGUAAUGAUGUACAAAACUAUUUCAAAAUCAAAAAUAAAAUUUCACAAUUUUUAGCAAAAGCACAAA